GCAAGCAAAGACUUCUUGGCUCCCACUCUAAUGCAUUAGGCCAAAGUCCAUGAUCAUUGCCAACUUUCUCCAUUAAAACCCUCAAAACCCAUCUCCAUUGAUGAACCACUAGAGCUAAGCUUUCCAACCUUCCCACCAAAACCUCUUUGAGCAACCAUAUGCCUUCCAUGGAGGACUACCAUCUCAAGAAACCUCUCCCAACCCAAACUCCAACAAGAACAAAGCUCAAGAUCCUUCUCUUGAUCAUCUCUACCAACCUCCUCUCCAUAUACCUCUUCUCCGGCGACCUCAACCACUGGAAAAACUAUGCCCCAAGAAUCCAUCUUUGGGACACUGAACUUCUUCUCCAUGAACUCAACUCAACUCAAUCCAAGCUCACUCAAAGCCAAAGACAACUUUCCGACCUUCACCGCCGACUAGCCACCUCCAAUUCUCUUUUAGAAUCUCUUCUCUCCGAUCUUGGUCGUGUGCAUGGUGACAAAGCUUCAAAAGAGGAGUUAGACGGAUGGAGAGACGAGCUUUUCGGCGAGCUAAAGCUGGCCGUAGGACCUCAUAAGCUGCCUCUUGGCUUCACUGCCAACCUUGGCUCUGAUGAGAUCUUUCCAGCUCUUGGCUCAGCUUGCCGGCGCCACCAAGAGGAACUCAUUGAAUACAUGACUUAUAAUGUUGGUGAUGAAUGUCCUAGUGAUGAUGUUUUUGCUCAGAGGUUGAUGCUCAAAGGCUGUGAGCCUUUGCCUCGCCGGCGCUGCCACCCUGCCUCACCUGAAGGCUAUGUCGAGCCCGCUCCCUUCCCGGAAAGCUUAUGGACUAUCCCUCCGGACACCAGCAUCACUUGGGAUGCCUACACUUGCAAGAAUUAUUCUUGUUUAGUUCAUAGAAACAGAGAAAAAGGUUCUUAUGAUUGCAAGGAUUGCUUUGAUCUUAAUGGCAGGGAGAAAGUCCGGUGGCUUUCCGAAAAUGGGGGUCUUGAUUAUGGUAUUGAUAGUGUGUUGAGCUUGAGGAAACCGGGUACGAUACGUAUCGGUCUUGACAUCGGUGGUGGCAGUGGAACAUUUGCGGCGAGGAUGAGGGAAAGGAAUGUGACUAUUGUUACUAGUACUAUGAAUUUUGAUGGCCCUUUUAAUAGCUUCAUCGCGUCGAGAGGGCUUGUGCCGAUGCAUAUCAGUGUAGCUAAUCGGUUGCCGUUCUUUGAUAACACGCUCGAUAUUGUGCAUUCGAUGCAUGUGUUGAGUAAUUGGAUUCCUGACAUUAUGCUCGAGUUUGCGCUGUUUGAUAUUUAUAGAGUGUUGAGGCCAGGGGGAUUGUUCUGGCUUGAUCACUUUUUCUGCAUUGGCACUCAGUUGAACAGCACUUAUGUUCCGAUGUUUGAUCGAAUUGGGUUCAAUAAGCUGCGGUGGACUGCUGGAAGGAAGCUCGAUCGGGGGAUCGAAAAGAAUGAAUGGUACCUCUCUGCUCUGCUUGAAAAACCAAUGACUUGAAUUUUGGCAGUAGGCUGAGGUAAU